UUGUUCCUCUUUCCACAGACCCUCCCUUUUCUCCUGUUUAACCUCCACCUGACAAAGAUGGUGAUUAAAGCGCUGGAGAAACUGCGCUGCAUUAUGAGCAAUCUGCUCAUUAUUUAUGGCCAUGCCUUUCAAAUAUGAGUUACUCAGGCAGGUUUACUGAUGGACAAAUAAUUAAGUUAAUGAAGAAGAAGUAAAAUAAUCAGCUCCUUGUGCUGAUGUCACGGCUCAAUUUAAUUUGUGGAAAACAAAUGCUCCUGGGACAAAAGAGGAACUUUAUGGUGUGUGUGUGUGUGUGUGGUGCCCAAGAUUGUUGCAUAAACAUGAGAGCAGUCUAUCUUCGUCAAAAUGAAAAGCCUUUUGUAUUUAUAAGGAUUAAAUGCAUUUCACUGGAGAGGACGCCUUGCCUUGCCAAGUCGGAAGAAACAGAUAGACCGACCAUAAAUGCCAAGAAACAAUUUUCACUGGCAUUUGGUGGAAUUACUCACACUCGAGUUUGAAUCGAAGUGAAAUUGUCCCUCGUUGCUUUCCGUCGUUGCUAUAGAGAGCGUACACAACGCUGUUCUGGUCUCGUGUGUCAAAGAAACUAGUUCAAGCUCUUAACACUUUAAAAACAAAAUAAUAUUAUUAAUAAUAAUAAUAAUAAUAAUAAUAAACAUUUACAAAAUUGUUCCACUGAAUCAGUGUGUUGCAAUGCUGGCUAAUAUUUCAAGGAGCCCUCUGAACACUGGAAUACCAUGGGAAAACCGACAUGGCAUGCAGGGAAAGGUUUCUGGUCUGCAACGGUCCAGGGGGUCUCCGAAAAAAGCAUCCAGACACAGCUGUUUCUUAGGAGUGGAGACCUUACCUGAGCUAGUCUGGGAGGGCUGGGAGCUAGGAAAAGAAUAUACCAAGUCACUUGUUCUGAAAAAUGUGAAUGAAAAACUUCAGAAACUCAGUUUCAGACCUCCAGUAUCCAAACGCUUUACUACAUUGUUUCCUCGGACCAUCAGCCUUAGUCCUGGGAUGUCUUUUUCUUUGCCAAUCACUUUCCAUCCCCUUCAGGAGAGUGAGCAUGUGGACAGUAUUGAGUUCCAGUGUAAGGAGGGGACAUUUCAAGUAAACCUGCGUGCAGUGAUGCUACACCAUGCAUUGGAGCUUCCUGAUUCAGUGCAGCUUCCAUUGUGUGCCGUCCAGCACAGCACAAACUCCAGCUUCCUCUUCCGCAAUGCCAGUAAGCUGCAGACCUGUUUCCAAUGGACGGUGGAGCCACCAUUCCAUCUCUCUCCAUUGAGUGGGGUUCUGAAGCCAGGAGAGCAGCGCAGAGUCUCUGUAACUUUCAAACCUCAGCAAGCGCUGGUAUACCAAACUGAGGCCACCUGCACAUUUGGGAAAGAAGGAGAGAACACGUGCACAAUUUUACUAAAAGGACUGUCCAAGUACCCAUACCUACAAAUCAGGUCUCUUGGCCAGGAAGAAGGAGUUGGAGUGCUUGAAUUUGGCAGUGUAGGAAUUGGAAGCUUUUUAGAAAAACACUUUGAGAUCUUCAACCCUUCUUCAGUGUUGACUUCCUUCUCUCUGACUCGUCUGAAAAGGCCAGCGCUUAUGGAGUCUGUGUUCGAGUGUGAUGUACAGGAAGGGCAGGUGUCUCCGUGCUCAGUACUGAAAGUGGCUGUACGUUUCACCCCGCUUACUGUGGACAGCACCAGUGUGGACUACUUCCGCCUCAGCUGCCCUGGGGGAAUCAGCACAGAUGUGCUUAAAGUCACUGGCUCAUGCAUAGGUCCAGUAGUUACUUUAAGCUCCUCUGUGGUGGAUUUUGGCUGCGUGGAAGAGGGAGAAGAAACCAUGCGUAUUAUUCAUAUUAUGAACUCUUCUACUGUCCAGGCUUAUUACCAAUUUGACAUGGACCCUAGCAACCAUAGUGUAUUCACACUUGACCAACCAGCUGGGACUCUGCCAGCCAAUGGAAGCAUCACUCUGCGUUUAAGCUUCCGCCCCUAUCAUCCCAUUGCCUAUCACAAGAGAGCAGCGUGCCUUAUAUUGCACAGGGAGCCACUUUUGUUGGACUUGAUUGGCACCUGUCACUCAGAACAGCUAAAGCCAGACAUCUUGCAACCCAGACACCUGCAUGUGUACAGAAAAAACCUGCUCCGUGGUCUAACCUGUUACCCUCCCGAUAUACUCAGUGCUAUGCUGGCUGAACAUAAACUUCACCUGGAUGAAAGCGGGGCAUUAUUAUUUCCAAAGGACUCAUCAGAGGACACAGCUUUGUCUAGUCCUCCUCUAUCCCUGGGGAACAUGAUGGAAGAAUAUUUCCAAAUGAACCUGAGAACAGAUAAAACAGGAGAACAUCCUGAUGAGAAUGGAGAUCUUGAAUGUUUCCCCCUGCCCCAUGUCACGGUUGAGCCAUCUGAACUGCUUUUUUACUCAGGACCCUCCUCUCAAUCAGUCACCAUCACCAACCACACCAAAGGCAAACUCAGCCUGCUGUGGACCCCUGCUCCUGACUCGCCCUUUUCCAUCACCCCUCUCACCUGUGACCUGAGUCCUUUAAAGUCCACUGUCUUCAUAGUGACAUACGCACCCAAACAGCACAAUGUCUUCCAUGCAGCACAGCUUGAGUGUUUCACUCUCUAUAAGAUUUUGCGGGAUCAUCAGCAGACAGAAGACAGAACUCUGUGCCCUCCCUGGUGUCUCACAGUUAGGGUGACUGCUCACUCAUUUCAGCAUGGAAAUGAGCACUUUAACCCUUGCUUAUGUCUGCAGCCAUCUCACAUGACGUUUCCAGCUUUGUGUCAGGUCUCCUACAGGAGUAUUCUGUUGCAGAAUACAGGAGACCUUCCUCUUAUCUUUAAACUGACCACAAAGGACUGUCCUGCUGUAUCUGUGUUGCCCCCUAGUGGUUUGGUACCACCAUGCAGCCACCAGAUCCUCAUUCUCCGAUCUACUCCUGCUGAAGACAACCCUGGCACUUUACCUUUGACCCUGCAGCUCAAUGCCAGUCACAAACACACACAGGAACUAAGCAUGGUGUGUGUGGCAGAGAGGCCACGCAUCACUUUGGAGGGUGAUGGAAGCUUGUUUUUCAGUCCUACAGCAGUAGGCUCCUGCUCCAAGGCAACUCUGAGCAUCAGGAACUUUAGCAGAGUAGCAUUACACUUUCACUGGAGGGUCUGUGACUCAGAUAGCAGCGUUCUCUCUGUACAGCCAGACUCAGGUGUGCUGCAGCCCAAUGAAUCCCAGAUCCAGACAUGGUCUUUCACUCCACUGGAGGAGAUGGCAUACAAUAUGAAACCUAGUCUAAUUUUCUGGCCCAUUCAGAAACCAGAAUGUAAAAGGUCCAGACUCUCUCUUAAAGUUGUGGGAUUGUCUGCUAAAGGUUCCAUACAGGCCGGUCACCCGUUUCUGGAUCUGGGUGAGGUGUUGGUUGGUGGUUGUAAGUCAUUUGAGGUUCCUCUCCUGAACCCCAGUCCAUGUGCUGUUAGCUUUUCUCUGACUGUGCUGCAGAGUAUCAGUGCUCCUGAGGGCUCACUUCAAGACCCUCUCGUUCUGGACAUGGAAAGUAUGACAGGAAUAAUUCCAGCUCACAGUCGUCUGCUAAUUCACUCCACAGUGAGGCCGACUCGCAGAGCCCGAUAUCACUGGACCAUCUGUUAUAAAAUCCUUAAUGCUUCUGGCCUGAUGGUGGGGGACUCUUGCUCUCUGUGUCAGGUUGAAGCGGAGGGAGUUUAUCCCACUCUGGAGGUGACGGAUGCCCGCAGCAGUGGCAGUGUGGAGGGUUUAAGUAAGCUGUAUCUCUGGAAGCUGUUCUGUAUUGAUGCACUUAAUACUUACCUGCUCAGUGAGCCAGGUCCAGCUGAGCUUACCUACAGAGUGCCCACUAGACACAGUUUUCACCGCUGUCCACCUGUCUUAACUUCAGCCAUGUUGGAUUUUAACUUCAGCUCUGCUCCUCUGGGUGCUGACCCCUCCAACAUCCUUCUCAUGUUUGAGAACACUGGGAAUAUCCUUGUAGAGUGGGUUUUUCUGUUCCCGGAGGAUCAGCAGAUAGAGCUGGAGUGCUGGGCUGAGAGUGCAGAGUUAAGCCCCACUGAGCUCCUUCAGAUGAAGGUGCAGGACAACAGGAUGUUCUCAGUAUCUCCACGCUCUGGCAAACUGCAACCCGGCCAGCGGAGGGCAGUGCAGUUCACAUACAGACAUGACCUCUUUGGGACGUAUCGGCUUCCUGUCCUGCUGAAGCUCUCUCACGGCAGAGAGAUUUUGUUGAAUUUUAUUGGUGUAACUGUGGAGAAGGACAAACACUACCUUCACUUCCCCUCUACGCGACAUGUUUUUGCUCCUGUGGCUAUAGGAGGUUUUCAUCCCCCCAAACAGGUAUAUGAGAUAUAUAAUGGAGGAGCUCAGCCAGUGAGGUAUCGUCUGGACACUUUGCCGCUGCAGGAACUACAGGAGGAGAACUUUAAUCAUCCUGUCCUGCAGUGCCUGAACCCAGAGGGAGAUGUGCAGCCUGGAUGUACAGCCACACUGGAAUGGAUAUUCUCUCCUCUGGAGGCUAAAACAUACAGUGUGGACAUCCCUAUUUAUGUGCUGGAGGGAGACAGUGUGCUGGUGACGUUUGAGGGCUGUGGCUUUGACAAGAGAGACUCUGUGCCCCUUCAGCUUCAUGAUGGACAUCUUACUGUACCUUGCACACAGAAAGUUUCUUUACCCAGUCAGAUGGUGUUCCUGUCAGAGGAGAGAGUGUCUUUUGGUGACAUUCCAGUCUGCUCUCGGAGCACACAUAUGCUGUUUCUGACCAAUAUCUCUCACACUGACCGAGUCCUCUACAAAUGGAACCUGAAAGAGCAAGAUGGCAAACAGGCUGUGCAGAUUCAUCCAGUCAGUGGAUCUCUGUCUGCAGAGGAGAGUGUUCUCUGCAUCCUCACUAUUUCCACCUCAAGCAGCCCCACAUUCUACCAGCAAGAUCUCAUCUGUGAAAUCACUCCAGAGGCAGCUUUAGCUCAUUACCAGAUAGACCUACAGCAAUGGGAGGAGGCAAAAGAGAGAGAAAAACAUGAGUUCACCAUAACGGAGAAAGACCUGAUACAGACAAACCAUCAGAAUAAACCCACACAGGGAGAAAGGGAUUUUAAUAGAAGAGCAGCCCCACAGAAAAACUCGACUAAAACCCGGAAAUUCAAGGCACUACCACCCAUCCGCAGUAACAGUGCUGUGCUUGAAGAGCCCACGGUCAAGGCAGAAAAGAAAGCUCAGGAGGUAGUAGGGAUGAAACAACCAGAGCCACCUCGCCCAAAACUGCUCCACCUGGGAGUAACCGCACGCUCACACUCCCUGCUAGAGUACCAGGCACAGUUCCCUUCUCAGUUCAGCAAGCAUCACAUCUACAGAUCUAUAUCGUCAAAACUUCCUCAGUCCGGAUCAGUUGAGAGUAAGCUCUUUUCAUCAACCAUGCCUCCUCUUACGCACGGCCCAGAGAAAGACAUUCUCACACAUACCCUCACCUCUGUGCUCAGAAGCCUUUUGGAUGACCCUGCGUUCCACCAGGAAUUGCAGAAUAUCUCGACUGAGCCAGUGCCCUAUUUCACCCAGCUUCGACCUGCUUCCCCAAGUCUGCCCAUGACUCCCACUGAGACAUCAUACGCAAAGGACCCAGUCUGUUUCACUGACUCUAGACCAUCUACACAUUACAUGGAGAGCACAGACACUGUGGCACACGCUCGCACAAAGUCUGAGGGCGAGUGUGAGCCACAGCCAUGUCAGGAGCCGAACCCCAAGCUCAGGGAGCUGGUGCAGGAAUCCAUCCGAAGGAGUCCAGAGUUUGGUGAUCUAAUGGAGGAGAUUCUGCUCAAUACUCUGCAGAACCUAAUGACCGAGGCGUUCCUAGGGGAGCUGGUUCUGACGGCCCGACCACGCAUCAUCGCCCUGCCGCCAUGCUCAGCCAGGAGAAACUCCAAGAGACAAUCCAGAGGCCAUCUGGUGUGUGAGAGUGGAACGGAUCAACAGCAUACCCUGGGGAUCAAUCCAUACAUGCCAAGCAUAGCUCUGCUUUCAAACCUGGAUUCUCAGCACCACUGAUUUUCUCCAUACAUUAAACAUUUCGCUCUACUUAACAUCAAUUUAUUUCCAAAUUCUCUUUUUUUCAAACAUCGCAUUCUUAAUAAAUUCUAAGUAAAAAUAAUGCUUUGUUUACUGAAACUGGUGCCAUUAAACAAAUUUAGGUUUGACUGGAAUUAUGGCAUGUAUGUUUGUCUCACUGUUUUUAUUAGGCUCAUAAAGCAGAGAACAUUCUUUCUGGCCUAACAAUUAUAGCAGCAGUUGUGGUUGUUCCUCAAAAAUGAUGUGGUCAGCUAUAAAAUCUCAGUAAUUCAAUUGACGUGUAAACUAAUGCAAUAUAUGUCUAAAUUAAUAGUCAUCUCAAAUAACUUAAUCUAGUAAUGUCCUCUUGGUGGUGUAAAUAGAUACAGAAUAAACAGCUCACAAUGUUCCUGUUUUUUAGACCUUCCUGCUUGCUAUUGGUUUAGUAGCUGUUUAAACCCUGCAGUCACAUGGAAAGAGACUCUCAUAAUCAAGUUAAGGAUUGUACCACAGAAAGAUAACAGCUAGAGCCAACGCUCGCUGGGAUAUUUUAAGGGAAAGUAAACGUGGGUCAGUACAGGAAGAUCAAUUUGUUUUGAGAAGAUAAGAUAUCUAUAAUGUGGCGAUUGUUUAUUGGAUUAACCGCAGUGUGUUGGAAAUCCUUAGAGGUGGAAAUGGGUGCAUUUUGUACUUCCUGUUGUCACAGUAAUGAAAAGGAAGAGCAGUACACUAUAUUAUAGUAAGUGACACCUCACCUCACCUUAAUUCAGGAACUCGUUGUCAUGUAUGAUUGUCCUUGUCAGUUCCCAGUCCUGGAGAAAGGCCAGUGUGUCUUUCAUUCCUUAAGUUUUACACGAACAUGCUUACUGACAUGCAUUUUACUGCAAUGCUGGCCGACAGAGACGGAUAGUUUGUAUUCAGCCAUUGGUAUAUUUUUGUUUUCACAUUAUAUGGAUAAACAUAUGUGGACACCUGACCAUCACAUCCAUUCAGUAGGACUGAGGUCAGGGCUCUGUGCAGGUCACUUACGUUUUUCUGAUCAAACCAUGUCUUCAUGUACAGGGGCAUUGUCCUGCUGAAACAUGUCCCUUAGUUCCAGUGAAGAUAAAUUGUUAUGCCAUAUCAUACAGAGACAUCCUGUACAAUUGUGUGCUUCCAAAUUCGUGGUUUGGGGCAGAACCACAAUCUGGGUGUAAUGUUCAGGUGUCCACAUGCCUUUGGCUAUGUAGUGUAUUAGCUAAUAUAUAUUUGCUAUGUUUUUAUAUAUGUGUUUGUUUGAUAGUUUCAAGUAGUAAGCUUCUAGUGCAAGCUGCAGCUGGCUUGCUUUGCAUUCACAGGUUUAUGUGCACAUGAUUCCUUAUCCAUUACUGCUUAAUUAAAUCUAUUUUGGAGUUUUAUUUAGGAUACACAAGUUAGCUUAUUAAACUUGUACUAUUCUGUUACCACUGUCUGUGUAUAGUGCAUUCUGUGUGUUAGGAGUGGGAGAAGCUGAACUAUGAUAUCCAUGCACUGAGGUAUUCUCAUCGGGAGGUGUGUGUGCACUGGAAGAAGAUCCUACUGCUGCUGGGCAAGUCUACCUUAACAUCCCUCUAUCCCAGCCUCCUCCUCCCGUAUUUGCUCUA